AUGGCGGACGCCUGGGAAGAGAUUAGGCGUUUGGCGGCAGACUUUCAGCGGGCGCAGUUCGCAGAGGCCACGCAAAGAUUGUCAGAGCGAAACUGCAUUGAGAUUGUGAAUAAAUUGAUUGCUCAGAAACAGCUAGAAGUAGUUCACACACUUGAUGGAAAGGAAUAUAUUACUCCAGCCCAAAUUAGUAAAGAAAUGAGAGAUGAGCUACAUGUUCGAGGUGGUCGAGUAAACAUCGUUGAUCUGCAACAGGUAAUUAAUGUGGAUCUGACUCAUAUUGAAAAUAGAAUUGGUGACAUUGUUAAAUCAGAAAAACAUGUUCAACUAGUAUUGGGACAACUGAUAGAUGAGAACUAUUUGGAUCGUUUAGCAGAAGAAGUAAAUGAUAAAUUACAGGAAAGUGGUCAAGUAACCAUAGCAGAACUGUGUAAAACCUAUGAUCUUCCUGGAAACUUUCUGACACAGGCACUAACUCAGCGACUAGGUAGAAUUAUUAAUGGACAAAUUGAUCUUGAUAACAGAGGAGUAAUAUUUACUGAAGCUUUUGUGUCUAGACAUAAAGCACGCAUCCGUGGACUGUUCAGUGCUAUUACCCGGCCUACAGCAGUGAAUUCUUUGAUUUCAAGAUAUGGAUUUCAGGAGCAGCUUCUUUACUCUGUUCUUGAAGAACUUGUUAAUAAUGGACGCUUACGAGGCACUGUGGUUGGUGGGAGACAGGAUAAGGCAGUGUUUAUCCCUGACAUUUACUCCAGAACACAGAGUACUUGGGUGGAUUCUUUUCUCAGGCAGAAUGGCUAUCUGGAAUUUGAUGCUUUGUCCAGACUUGGAAUCCCAGAUGCUAUGAGCUACAUAAAGAAAAGAUAUAAGACUACACAACUCUUGUUUUUGAAAGCAGCUUGUGUUGGCCAAGGACUUGUGGAUCAGGUGGAAGCAUCAGUAGAGGAAGCCAUCAGCUCUGGAACAUGGGUUGAUAUUGCACCUCUGCUACCCAGUUCCUUAUCAGUUGAAGACGCUGCAAUAUUGCUUCAACAUGUAAUGAGAGCACUCAGCAAACAGGCUUCAGCUGUAGUCUUUAGUGAUACUAUUGUAGUCAGUGAAAAAUUUAUAAAUGAUUGUACAGAUCUGUUCAGUGAACUGAUGCACCAGAAAGCUGAAAAGGAAAUGAAAAACAAUCCUGUUCAUUUAAUCACUGAAGAAGAUCUGAAACAAAUCUCCAUUUUAGAAAGCAUUAAUACAAGUAAAAAGGAUAAAAAAGAUGAACGAAGGAGGAAAGCAACAGAGGGCAGUGGAAGUGUGAGAGGAGGAGGUGGCGGCAAUGCCAGAGAGUACAAAAUUAAAAAAACCAAGAAGAAAGGAAGAAAAGAUGAUGACAGUGACGAUGAGUCAUCUCACACAGGAAAGAAGAAACCAGAGAUUACUUUUAUGUUCCAGGAUGAGAUUGAGGAUUUUUUAAGAAAACACUUACAAGAUGCCCCUGAGGAGUUUAUUUCUGAGCUUGCAGAGUAUUUAAUAAAACCUUUAAAUAAAACUUACCUCGAGGUGGUACAUUCAGUUUACAUGUCUUCAACUUCUUCGGCCUCUGGAACUGGUAGAAAGCGCACGAUCAAGGACUUGCAAGAAGAGGUUUCAAACCUUUACAAUAAUAUUCGAUUAUUUGAAAAAGGGAUGAAGUUCUUUACAGAUGAUACCCAGGCUGCUCUUACCAAACACUUGCUGAAAACAGUGUGUACUGAUAUCACUAAUCUCAUUUUCAACUUCUUAGCUUCGGACUUAAUGAUGGCAGUAGAUGAUCCUGCAACCAUUACCAGUGAAGUAAGAAAAAAAAUUCUAAGCAAAUUAUCAGAAGAAACAAAAGUGCCUCUCACAAAACUCCACAACUCUCUGAAUGAAAAGAGCAUAGAAGACUUUCUUGCUUGUCUGGAUUCUGCAGCAGAAGCUUGUGAUAUUAUGUUGAAGAAGGGAGACAAAAAAAGAGAAAGGCAGGUACUAUUUCAGCAUCGACAAGCACUGGUUGAACAGCUAAAAGUCACAGAAGACCCUGCUCUUAUCCUGCAUCUCACGUCGGUUCUGUUGUUUCAGUUCUCAACCCAUAGCAUGCUCCAUGCACCUGGAAGAUGUGUCCCCCAGAUCAUUGCUUUUCUGAAUAGUAAAAUUCCAGAGGAUCAACAUACUCUUUUAGUAAAGUAUCAAGGUUUGGUUGUAAAGCAUUUAGUCAGUCAAAAUAAGAAGACUGGGCAGGGAGAAGAUCCCUUGAGUGAUGAAUUAGACAAAGAACAAGAGGAUAUCAUUAAUACAACUCGUAAAGAACUUCAGGAGCUUUCCUCAUCCAUUAAAGACCUUGUUCUCAAAUCGAGGAAGUCAUCAGUGACAGAAGAGUGAUGAUUUUAAUUUACUUAAUGUUGUCAUACAGUAAAUAUUUUUCCCCCAAAGUUAAAGGUGAGUGGUUACCAAAAAAAAAAAAAACCCUCAUUUCACAGUCCAGAAUCCCCUCAAUAGCACCUCCCACACCCACAAUUCAGUUAAAACAGUAGCAUUGUAUUCAUUGUAAGUUAACAAAAUGUAAGUUUUUGUAAA